AUGCCCGGCACCGGCACCGGCAGUGUCACGGGCGCGCUACGGCUCGCAGCGCACACCACCAUGCUCUACUGCACUGCGGCUCUGCGCGGCGCCGUGGUGAAGCGAUCGCAGCGGCGCAGAGGAGCACUGAGCACGUUCCUGCCGCACGGCCGCCUCUGCGCGCCCCGGCGCAAGCACACCACACUGCCCCCGAAAGCGACCGUCCCGUGCCUCCCCCCAACCGCCUGCGGCCCCAUCCGUCAAUCCGCGCGCAUCCGACGGCACAACUCAGCCCGGGCCCCCGCGCUCGCGGAGAGCCUCGGCGUCGUAAACCGCGCGCACCGCACCGCGCCCCUCCCCUCCCUCCCCGCGGCUUUGAAAAGCCUUUCUCGGGCUCCCCCGCGCGCUCCCGACUGCGCCUGCGUGCUCUCGCUCUGCGUCCACGGGCCGGGCAUGGACGCCGCCGCCACCCUACUCCUCCUGCUCCGCCUCGCCAUCGUCGCGGCCGUUCUGGCCGCAUCCGCGGGCGCGGCGCCGCUGGACCCGCAGCAGCUGCUUGCGCUGCGGGCGCUCGGCCUCCGCGCGCACCAGCGCGCGGACCCCUGCGGCGCCGCUGGCGCCGCGGCGGGCGCGGUGAACGCGUCCUGCGACGCGGGGGCGCCGUUCCGGCGCGUCACGUCGCUCGCCCUCACCAACUGCUCCGGCACCACCUCCGUCUCGGCCGCGGCGCUCGAGGCGCUCGCGCCGUCCCUCCGCGCGCUGGCGUUCGCCGACUGCCCGGCCGCGCCGCCCCGGGCGCUCCCGCCGGAGCAGCUGGCGUCCGGGCUCCGGGCCUUCUCCUGCACCGCCUCGCUCCGCCGCCUCUCCGCCGUGUGGCUCUCCCACCUCGCCAACCUCACCGAGCUCACCGUCGCGGACACACCCCUCGCGACGGGCUCACCCACCGAGCUCGCCGUCGUCGUCUCCCACAUGGAGCAUCUCAACCGCCUCACCAUCUCCAACGCCAACCUCUCCGGCUUCCUCCCGCACCACUGGCACUGCCCCAACCUCACCCACCUCGACCUCUCCGGCAACCGCAUCACCGGCGCCAUCCCGGACACCCUCACGCUACUCGCCGGCAUCACCCACCUCAACCUCAGCUCCAACGUCCUCAACGGGCCGAUCCCCAACUCCAUCGGCGACCUCAUUUCGCUCACCACCCUGGACCUGUCCAACAACACCCUUUCCGGCGGCAUCCCGGACACCGUCUCCACGCUGCCGGAGCUGGAGGUGCUCAACCUGGGCUCGAACCGCCUCAACGGGAGCAUCCCACUGUUCCUGGCCGAGAUGCGGGGGCUCCGGGAGCUCAACCUCGAGAACAACGACUUCGACGGCAUGGUGCCCUUCAGCGCCAAGUUCCUGUCGCGGCUGCGCGUGUUCAGGGCCGCCGGGAACGGCAAGCUGUGCUACAACCGGUCCGUGCUGUCCGCCGAGGUCGCCGUGGGCGUGGCGCCGUGCGACAAGUACGGGUUCCCGGUGCUGCCGCCCCCGGCCACGGCGCGGUCGGAGCGCAGCGCGGACUACGACGACGGCGGCGGGGACGGGGAGCCGUACGCCGGCGCCGACACGAGGGGCGGGCCCAGCGCGGCGGUGCUCGGGGUGGCCAUCGGGCUGUCCUGCCUCGCUUUCCUUGUCAUCUUGCUCGUCUGCCUCUGCAAGGUGUGCCGCUGAGUGAUGCGCGCGUUGCGCGGCGCCCGCCCGUGUCGCGCGCGAUUCCGCAGCCGUGUCUUUUGCUGAAGUGGGUUACCCGGCUCUGCUGUUGGCUGUUGCGCAUCGUGCCGUGAAAAUGUAUGGACUACGGUAGCUUAGGAUCAAUUGAUUCUUAAUUUAUUCUGUAUUUUUGGCGCUGUUCUUGGCUCUUGGUCGGGUUUAAGACCUCGAAUAAGGAGCAAAGAAUGGCUGUAUAAAAACGAACAUCUUUUGGUUGGAGGUUGGGGGCACUAGCAAGAGCAGUAAGUUUGUGGUUUUCCA